AUGGAACAGAGGAACGACGAUCGGCUGCACGAUCUGGCCGGCAAGCUGGCGUCCAUUCGGCAAGUCACGAAUGACAUCUACACACAGGCAUCAGACCACAGUAUAAUUGACAGCGCCACGGAAACGUUUGGCAGCAUGCUUGGCUCUGUGCGCAGCUCAGGGGCCCGGCUGGUCAGAGCAGCCCGGGCUGGCCACCCUGUUAUCAAAACCGUCGGCAUGGCGCUGGCCAUCAUCUUGUUGAUAUAUAUGCUCUUUAACUACUUUUCGUAG